GGAAGGCAGUGAGCCAAUGCAGUUUAAAGAAAGUUUGUUUCGGCAUAGUCUAAUUUUUGGGUUGGCUUAAAGACAAAGCUACAUACUUUUGGAAAACCAGGGAGUGUAAUUACUGAUAUGAAAAAAAUAUUCCCUGAGUUGUCUGUGGAAAGAUCAGGGCUUUGUCAAAGAAGAAAAGCUCUAAAAUGGAGUUCAAUAGGUGCACAAGUGCACCCGUAGAAGAGGCUCGGAGAAGACAAGAGGCCGGGGAGGAUGCUACUCCUGAUUCUGGCAGUAGAGUUGUCAGUGAAGAGCUGGAUCUGGUACAAAUGUAUCUUACCUGUUUACCUGACAGAUACAUGAAAGCAAAAUUCAGCCUGACUGCAUAUCUGGCAUGCUGGUUGGUUCUGAAACUCUGCAAGAAAGCCUGUGAGAAAAGACUGUCAGCUUCUAAUAAGGUUCUCAGUGAAACUACUGUAAGAAAGCCUGCCAGAGAAACGGAAGAGGAGAAUACUUCUGAGAAGGCAAAAUGCUACAGUCAAGUGCUGAGUCAGCUGGAGACCCCUGAGCCAACUGAAAACUGCAUCAGUGAAGGAGAGUUUGAAGAUGACCAGAGUUCUACCACACUAAGUACAGUAGAGUUGGAGCUACGUGGAUCAAGCCAGGAAACAGAUGAAGAUUAUUUUGAGACCCAGUCUCAUCAGAGUGAAUCUGUUUCAGACAUUAAGACUGAGCCUUAUGAAAGUGCAUCAGACACAGAGUCUGUUGCCUAUGACAUAACUGGAGAAACUUGCUUGAGUUCAAGCUGCUUUUCUGCUGAAAAAAGAGAACCACGCCAUAAAUUUCAUGAUGUGAAGGCAGAAUUGUCCAGUCACCAACUUAAUUGCACAAAGCAGCCAGAGCAUAGUCAAAGGAAGCAGUUGGAUUUAAAAGUAGCUUCAAACAAGAAUGAACUUUGGGUGCAGACUGGAAAAUCAGAAGGAGAAAAGACAGGGGAGAAAAUACUAAUAUUAACUAGUGAUAUUUCCAACGCAAAGUCGAAAACCAGUGGAGAGGAUACUGUAACAAGGACAGACACUGAGUUAGUCGUUGGUGGAUUGCAAGGUCAAAUAAAGUCUGAUAGCAAUAAGGCAAAACCAACUGAAGAGGCUAUUACAAGGAAUAAAAAAAGACCAACAGUAUUGAAUAUUGCUUGUUUGAAAGCAAACUCAGAAAGUUGUUUGGCUUUCCCUGAUACUCCGCAAUUUCCUUUCCAGCCAGAUGUAGGAUCAAGCCACAGUUUGCCUAAUAUAUAUUUUGAAACAAACAGAACUGGCUAUAAAAGAAACACUGAGGUGAUUGAACUGAAUUCCAACCUGGAUUCAAUACCCAGCAUAAAAUGCAAUAAGAAGAGCUCAGUUAACAGUCAAAAUGCAGCUAAAGGGGUAGGAAAUGGAAUCUCAGGGGUCAUGCUGAAAUCAGAUUCACUCUUACAUCAGCCUUUCCUAAAAUCUAAGUUUCAGCCACUACCUAGGAAGCCAGAGAUUACAGAAAGUAAAACAUGGCACAGUGAACCUGAAAACAUUAGUGUUCAAGGCAAGAGAGAAUAUUUGGAUGACUAUUUUCAACUUACUGAUAAAUUUAGAUGGUCAUGUUCCAGGGUACAUCUUCAAGGCCUAGAUUUUGAAUACACCUGGAAAGACUUAAAAAGGGCUGAUUGCAGCUCUGAAAAAGCAAUAAAAGAUGAGGGGAAAUUUGGCUUAAAAGGAUCAUUUCUUAAUGCCUAUGUAGACUCAAAUAGUGAUCAGCUUUCUCAUCCAGUAGGCUCUCACCAAGGUGCUGAUAUUAAUUUGCACAGGAAAUCAGAAGCAUGUGGCCUUAACAGAAAUAUGACAGAUACAUGUGCUCAUACCUUGUCUUUGGCACCACUCCACCUGAAAGAUGCCUCCAAGUGUGAUCCAAAACAAAGAGAGAUUCUCUCAGCCUUGCAUUCUGAGCCAACAAGCAUACUUACAGUAGUACCAGCAAGAAAAGAUAAAAGCAAAUCUGAGAUAGUUUUGGAAACACAAAGGUUCUCUGGCAGCAUUCAUGCUGAAACUGGCAUUGAUGAUAUUAAGGAACAAACAACUUGUUUUGUAGGUGUUUCUACUCCUGCAGAAAACAAAGGCGCUAAUUGUCCUGCAAACUACGUCCUGGCUGGCAGAACACAGCUAAAUAACUCAGAGGAGAGCAGCACUGGCCCUGAAUCACCAAAUACAGAGGCCUUUGUAAAGGAAGCAGGGUUAAGGGAUUCUUUUGAACUUGGUUUGGAUUUUAAAGGCCUGGAAACCACACCUAAAUCAGGUGCCAACGAUACUCCAGGGGAGAAAAACGAUUCUAAGCUAUGGAACCAGAGUAAUAAAAAAGAUGCUUUGCAGGGUUACCAUAAGCCAGUGACAACAAAUGGACAUGUUAUUAAUGAAGAAGAAAAGGAUGAAGAUAAUGUGUGUGCCAUUGAAAUAGCUCCCAAGCCAGGUUAUGUGAGUCAGCGACAGGACUUGUUGAAGUUCCCAGAGUUAAAACCAGCUCUAAUUAUAAUAUCUGUGGAACAAAAAGGCUUGCAUUCGAAGACAUUAAAUAAAAAUUGUUCUACUGAAAUGAUAACAGGAACACUGGGAGAACUAGUAAGUAAGAAUUUAGGGUCUUCUUCCCUUGCCAGCAGAGAACAUAGUAAGCCAGAGAGAGCUUUGAAUGAAUACUUUGGCUGUGAAGAACAAACUUUGCCUAUCCUCCCUGUUUCUGGUGAUGAAGAGGCAGCUCCUGUUGGGGGCACCAUCCAAGAAGAAUCAGAAAUUGUGCAAAAGCAAAUAGAGGACACGACUCUGGUUUCAUCCUUAAAUAUCAGCAGCAGUAGUUUCACAGAAGGAAAUGUAAAUCUACAACUGGAAAAUGCUAAACAGCAGGAAGAUGCAAAUAGUGGAAUACAUGUGGAACCAAAUGAUGUAGCUAGUGUAGGAAUCUGUCAGGUAGGACCCUGCAGACUAAAUGCUAAUUUUGAGUUAGAGGCAGCAGAGUUAACACAAUCACUGUUUGAAAUGAGAGGUGACAAAGUGAUUGAGAAAAAUGAGUUCAGUGCAAGUCAGGGCCUGGAGGAAGACAUGUGUUUAACUCCUUCAGAAAUGUUGGAAAUGAACCGUGCUGGUGGCCUGUGUCGGCAAGAUGAGGCUACUGAUGACAUAGUAGGGAGCUGCAUCUUUGGUAAACAAAGACAAGAAGGGAAAACAACUGAAGGCUGUAACAGUUCAAAAGAACUAAUAAUUGUUUUUGAGGAUUCUCCUACUGGACCAAUAAAUCAGGACUCAGCUGAAGAGGAGCCAGCAAGCCUCAGCAAAGACAUUGCACAGAAUCUGAAUGGGACCAAUGCUUGUAACCAUGCUGUGAAAAGGGACAGCCAGGAUUCCUCCACAGUGGGCCUAGAUAACAUAAGUACAGGCAGUACUAACAGUGAGGAAAUGGAUGAAAAUUUAUUCCAUUUCCUGGGGAACAACAGUAGCUUUUACAAGGCUGUGCAAAAACAGACUAAAACUGGGAACACUGGGAAACCUUCCAAGUUUUUAGUUUUCUCAAAAAUGGCAUCCUUCAGGAAAACCAAGUCAGCACCUGCUGAAAAUCAAGGUAGUAGCAGCUUCCUUGGUGGCAAGACAAAAACAGAAGAAUUGGACACUGGGAAAGAGGAAGGUGAUACAGAAAACAUGCUGUCUUUUAAAAAUUAUUCCCCCACUUCUGUCUUUCAAAGGAAGGAAGGCUACACCUCUGAGUACUCUGAUGAUGAGGAUUUAUUCUAUGAGCGACCUGGAGGAUUAUUCAACAGAUUAAGCCUGAGGAAAGCGUCUAGCUCUGGUCGGUUACUGAUGGAAGACAUAGAAACGAAUCUUACUUCUCCCACCCUCAAUACUGUGAAAUCCCUUGAAGGACGAGCUUUAGUGUCAGAGGAAAAUAACUCCAGUGAAGCUGCAGUGUGCUCUGGGAUCAGAAGAUCUUCAUCUGAGAUGGAGUGUAAAAGAAAUAAAACCCCUGAGGGUAAAAAGUUUCGCACAAGGUUGGCCUUGGCACACAAAUCCUUGUCAAGUUUAUUUGAGUCCAGAUCUCUGGAGAAGGAAAACAUUGAGCAAUGCUCCAAAGUGCCACUGAAACAUGACAAGGAGAAAGCCAAAUUUCGCCAAAGUUCUUGGAAAGCAUUUCUGAAAAGCAAGGAAGCAGAUGGGCUGAAGAGCUCUGCCUUUGCGAGUAUGUCACCAACCCAGGAGAGAUUUAAUAUCACCAGAAAUCAGCAACAAGGUCCUGGCAAUGCUGCAAGGAGGACCUCCACAGAGAAGCAGGAGGGUUCUAAUGGGCAAGUGUUUUUGAGAUCAGGUGUAUCUAAUGGCACCUAUCCAGAUACCAACCAUUUUGACACAUCUAUGGAGCACGUUGAUGUCUCUGCCCCUGCACAUAUGAGGAGGAAAAGAGUACUGUCUUAUGACCUGACUAUCAAAUGUCCACAAAGUCCAGAUGAUGAUGAGCAGCAGGAAGCAUUGAGCAACAGUUUAGAUGCUUCCCUGGAGGAAUACUGGCUGAAAUCACCCUUCAGCCCCAGCGACUUGCACUCAUCAUUUACCCAGUUAAGCCCUUCUUGCCCCCAGCUAUCAACAUAUGAAGGUAAAGAUAUGCCCUGUAGGCCCAUGAGCCCCAAACCAUGGAGCUCAAGACCACGUUUUCAAUGCAGGAGUGUCCAUUAUCCUGGGAGAAUAAGUGCCACUUCAAUGAUCUCUCUUGGAAACAACUCUGCAAUUGACAGCAAUUCAGAGGCACCAGAAAGGCCAAAGACCCUGAAACCUAGAGGCAGUCUCUUGCUUUCCAUGCAUUCACUGGACAAUGAAUACCAGAGGGAAGACAGUGGGAUAAGCAGUCAAUCUCAGAUCAGCUUGAACACAGCUUCUUCUGUUAGUGAUAUCCUCAGAGAUGAGGAUCCUAAACAGCAAAGUCAAACACCACCUGAAAGGAGGUCCUGUGAGAAAUGGCUUCCCCAUCGAAAAAAGAAGCCUCCUCAGACACUGCCAUCCCCACACCCAUUCUCAAGUAUUGAAAACAAAGGCUGGAGACUCCCUCUCUUCACUUUGGAUGGAAAAGCCAAGGAAACUUCACAGAGGAGGCAGCCCAAACCCCUGUACAAGCAUUUCAGCUUCGAUGACAUUUGGAUGGAAAGGAACCAGAAAAGGAAACUCAAGAAGGAGCCACAGUCUGAGAGAGAAAUCCAAUGGAGUAACCUCCCAGAGGACCAAGUAAAAGCUAGAAUGAGUCUGGCCAUCGCUUCUGCUGUUGCCUUUGACAUUCUUCCUCUUAAGUUGCAUCCAUUUUCACAGAGCACCCCAACAGGCUUAGACUGCAUGGGCUGGAAACGACGCAUCUCAUUUCCUGUGAUCACUGAUGGGCCACUGGAUAAGACAGCUCUUACAGAUGAUGUGGGAAGUGAGGAAGAUCUAUAUGAGGACUUCCGGAGUUCCAAUCACCGCUAUGGCCACCCUGGAGGAGGAGGAGAACAGCUUGCUAUUAAUGAGCUCAUCAGCGAUGGCAGUGUGGUGUAUGCAGAAGCCCUUUGGGAUCAUGUCACAAUGGAUGACCAAGAGCUGGGAUUCAAGGCUGGCGAUGUCAUUGAAGUAAUGGAUGCUACGAACAAAGAGUGGUGGUGGGGAAGGAUCCUGGACAGCGAAGGCUGGUUUCCAGCCAGUUUUGUACGGCUCCGAGUAAACCAGGAUGAACCCAUGGAAGACUAUCCUCUAAAAGUAGAGGACGGCAAAGAGGAAGACAUCAGCAGCACUGCCCGCCGCUAUGGUGUCGGGCAGACAAGCAAGGAUCAGAUGAGGACCAAUGUGAUUAAUGAGAUCAUAAGCACAGAGAAAGACUACAUCAAACACCUUAAGGACAUCUGUGAGGGUUACAUUAAGCAGUGCCGCAAAAGAGUUGACAUGUUUACAGAGGAACAACUGAAGACAAUCUUUGGUAAUAUCGAGGACAUUUACAGAUGUCAGAAAAAGUUUGUAAAAGCCCUGGAGAAGAAAUUCAACAAAGAGUACCCACACUUGAGUGAGGUUGGCUCCUGCUUCCUGGAACAUCAAACAGAGUUUCAGAUAUACUCUGAGUACUGCAACAAUCAUCCCAAUGCCUGCCUGGAGCUGUCCCGCCUCGCUAAAGUGAACAAGUAUGUCUAUUUCUUUGAAGCCUGCCGCCUUCUUCAGAAGAUGAUUGACAUCUCUCUGGAUGGGUUUCUUCUUACACCAGUGCAGAAAAUCUGCAAGUACCCACUGCAGCUGGCUGAACUGCUCAAAUACACCAACCCCCAGCACAGGGAUUUUAAAGAUGUUGAAGCUGCCUUAAAUGCUAUGAAGAACGUUGCUCGGCUCAUCAACGAAAGAAAGAGGAGGCUGGAGAACAUAGAAAAAAUUGCCCAGUGGCAGAGUUCCAUAGAGGACUGGGAGGGGGAAGAUGUCCUGGUCAGAAGCUCAGAACUCAUCUAUUCUGGAGAAUUAACCAAAAUUUCCCAGCCUCAAGCCAAGAGCCAACAGCGAAUGUUCUUCCUCUUUGAUCACCAGCUUGUCUGCUGUAAAAAAGACCUCCUGCGCCGUGACAUCUUAUAUUAUAAGAGUCGGAUCAACAUGGAUGACAUGGAAAUAGUAGAUGUGGAGGAUGGGAAGGACAAGGACUUCAACAUCAGUGUUAAAAAUGCAUUCAAGCUGCACUGUAAGACCACAGAGGAAGUCCACUUAUUCUGUGCAAAAAAGCCAGAACAGAAGCAGCGCUGGCUCAAAGCAUUUGAGAAUGAAAGGAAACAGGUUCAGCUCGACCAGGAAACUGGUUUUUCGAUCACUGAAGUGCAGAAGAAGCAGGCAAUGUUGAAUGCCAGCAAACACCACCACAGUGGGAAGCCCAAGGCUGUCACCAGGCCCUACUAUGACUUUCUGAUGCGCCAGAAGCACCCCACACUGCCGGCCAACCUGCCCCAGCAGCAAGUCUUCAUGUUGGCAGAGCCCAAGCGCAAGCCUUCAAACUUCUGGCAGAACAUCAGCAGGCUGACACCCUUCCGGAAAUGAAGGGCAGCCCCAUGUCUGUGCCUGAAUCCCCUCCAAGAAAGCACUUUAUCCAUCAGCUCUGGGAGACUUGAGCCCAGACUCCUCCAAUCCUUUGUCUGCAGAGGACGGUGCACGCUCCUUCCCUCCCUAUUUAUUUUGCAGACUGACUAAACUCAAUGGCUCCAAAAUGGGACACUGUGCUUGUACCAGUCUAAGUGAGCCGACCUUGCACAGCACCCAGCAGCUCUGUAACUCCCAAGCAAGAGAACACAACCGCAUGGAGCCCAAAGUGUGUUUCAUCCUCAGAUUUCCCUUACUGUUUGUUUGCAUCUUGAACCAUUCCUCCCAGCUGGGAACAUAAUUGCUGUAUGACAACUGCCAGAAAGACUAACUUCCAGUCAGCGCGGCUCUCCGUGCAGAGACAUCAGCUGGGUCAGUAGGACAUCUACUGGCUUGGUGUCUACUGAGCAUGCCCAAAACACUGGUUCCAUUAUUGCUGAUGUUAUGCACUUUCGGGGGGAAUUAAACCCUUUCUUCCACUGCCGCCAUCCCCAGCAUUUCUCAUCAAGGAAGUGAUAUCCCUACAUGUUUAACAAAUUGAUUAGCCUUUAUUGGCACUUAGAAAAGGCAGCAGUGAGUAUCACUGUGACCUUUUUUACUUCCCCCUUAGUUCAGCACACUGAUGAAGAACCAUAGUAUGUUAAAUGGUGCCAACCAACUUACAGCAUGAGUAAAAGUACAAGAAUCUCACAAUCUAGCUGGUUUUCUUGAGUUAUGUAUGUUAGGAAAAAUUGUGCCUAAAUUAAUACUUAGACUCUUUCCACCAUCACUCUGCCAUAUUUCCUGGCCAAUGAAAAUGUUCAUUGUUUGUAAUGUGUUUUAUUUAUGGUAAAAAACAAAACUGUGUAUUUUGUAAGUUUGUAAUUGGUCUUGUCAGAUGUUAACUUGAUGCCUGUUUUGUCUGUCUUUUUUAACAAAAAUAAGGUGGCCAACACUUGCAAACCUAGCUCCCUAAAGUUAGAACUCAUGGCUGGGCCCCGGGUUCAUGGCUUUUCACUUGUUGUGGGGAGUGGGGGGAAAGGUGCAGGGAAGAGAAACAAGUCAGUUCUAGAAGACCCUGACCAUGGGAUUUGGAGUCUACCUUUAGGCAUCCAGGUUUGAUAACUGUGGCCAAAAAGAAUUCAUUUAAUCCUUGGUUAGUAAGAGAAAAGAUAUGCCUUACAAUAGUGAAAGAGUUAGAAGCCAUACUGACUGAAUUCCAUAGUUUAGAAGAAAGUCCUGUGAGGUUGGAAAGAAGAUAUCCAUUCACUCCAACAGGAUGCUAUUGUGAGUGAGCACUAACUCUCUGCAAAGCUCAGAGGUCCAAUGUAUGCUGAUGCUGUAGCUGACCAAAGUCUGGUCAUCCAGGGAUAUCUGAAUUCAGUAGCAUGUAUAAAGUCAUUCUUGCACUAUAUCUUUCCCCACACCAGGGGCUACAUUUAAUUUCAUAAAGAAACUUGUAAAAGUAACCUGCAGCCUGUGUGUGUGUGUCUUACAUGUCUGUAUCCAUUUGUGUGGUCCUUGUUUUCCCUCUUCACAAUCAUAGCAGGGAUCAUAGCCAUGGGCCUGGAUAGGUUUCAGCGUUGAGUGUAACAUCCUAACUAGUCUCUGCUAAACUUAAGCCAAAGUCAAGAACAUCACUGGCUGAGCAUAUUAUACCAUGCACAUUAUUCAAGUGUGUUUUCCUUAACCAGAAUUACCUUUUAUUUAUAUAACUUGCAAUGUACACUUGAGCUCUUCAACUCUGAUUUGCCUCUUACUGCUGCAAGGAAUGAGAUUGGAAAGCAGUGUCAAGAUGUAAAAACUGCCUAAGAUUAUCGCUAUAUAUGAACUGAAUACAACAUAUGUAAUAGACACGGCAGCACCUACUCACUGCAUCAUGCAGCCUGUCAUGAGGAGUGAUGCUUCUGUUUGUGGAAUGAGAUGCCUAAACUGUGGUUAAAAAUUUCAUUGGUGUACAAAACAAACAGUCUAGGCCCUCUUCUCACAUUUCAGUUAACAACAUUGUAGCCAUACCCUUCUCUUGGUUGCAAUGCUUGUUUUUUUGUGGGUCAUUUUGUGCCCACCCCAUUUCCUGCUACGAGUACUCUUCCCCAGAAGGGAUAGCAACAGCUGUGGACUAACACAGUCUUAACUAGGAGGUAUCUCAAGUUGCUCUGGCCAUAUUAGAAAAUGGGUGCCUACUUAGUAAGAUGCUCCCCCCCAGGGCAAGGGCUUCCUCCAUCUUAACAUUUUAAAUCAUUCACCUUCCAGUAACAAGCCAUUUCAUUUGGGCAAUUAAAAGUUUAUCUGCUACUUUUCAUAACGCAAACCACAUGGCUGUUGCAACAUGUUUAAUCUGUUGAAUUGAGUCAUCUUUUUAGGACCAGCUCUGCUUCACAGAGGUUCAUGCAAUUAGAGAACUGACUUGCACCACCUGGGGGAGGGAGAAGAGAGAGAGAGACCUGAUGGGUAUUGCAGAGAAACUGUACGACACAGUAGGUGCUGUUCCUUUGUCCCAUUUAUCCUAGGUGUCUGCACCCCUUCUUCCUUACCACAAACAUGUCUGUUUUGAUUGGCCAGGAAGCAAACAGGUUAUUAUGUAAGCGAUCAUUUUUCUGAGUCUAGGGGUACUUGGUGAGAGGAGCUUUUUUACGCUGUACUGACAGUUUUAAUUUGUACAGAUGGAGUUUAAGGAAAGGCUGAAUUCACUCUCACUGGCAAAGGUCAGCAGUAAUUUCACUGAGCUAAUGGGUGUGAAACUGAUAGAGAAACCAGUCUAACGAAGUUAAAGAAUCUUGAAAAAUGAAACUUAAGGGACACAUUGACAUUGCCCUCAUCAUAGUAGUCCAAAGAACAGAAAAAGCAUGUAGAGGAAAUAUGCCUACCAUUUCCUCCCGAACUUGUUUUACACAUAAUUAGCACAUGCACAUUUGUAGAAAACCUUCUGCAGACAUCUUUUUUUUUCUGAUAGAGGCCAGUCGGACAAUCCUGUCACGUGCUGUUCUUAACUGUGUAUUCUACAAUCGUUCAGUUUAGCUGCCUACAGGUAAAUGUUCAUAUUGCCUCUUCAGCUGUACCUCUAGCAUUGUAAGAGACACUACAGACUAGCGGCUGAUCUCAGUUAGUACCAUGCAAGCCACAUUCAGGACGACAUAAACUGUGCCAUCAAAUGGAGCCAUGAUUUAGAUUCUGUACACACACGAGAGUUACAGGACUGACACUGGCAUGACUGAGAUAAGGAUUCAGCUUGCUUCAAGAUUUCUUUCAUGUACAAACAUGUAUAUAGAGCAAUUCAUAUAUGAGCACAUGGAUAAAACCAGUUUACGCAAGUGGAAUUUUAACCGUUUCAUCCCUCAUCUUAGGUUAUAUCCAAUAAUAAUUCCUUUUUUUUCUAGUCACGAGACUAUUACUUUAUAGAUGAAUCACUGUGUUCUCAGAUACAUAUAUACAAAAUAGACUGGUUUUCUACAAUUAAAACAUAGGAAUUUUCUUCCACAUUAUUCAACUCAAGUAUAGGUGAAUAUAAAAGGGAACAGUAAGUCAACAUCCUCAAAGGGAGUUCUAUAUCCCCUUUCCCUAUCCUGGACUCUGGUUUUGGGGUCAGAGUUACUGAAUUUGCACUGCCAAUGUUAAAGAAAAGCAAAAAAAAAACCCCCAAAAAACCCAACAGUGGUCAAUGUGUGAGUAUUUAUAUCCAUAGCAGGUAAUCGGCCUGACUAUAAUAAGUCUCUCAACAAAUGAGCCUUUUUUUCCUAGUGUAUCAAGUUCAAUUAAAGAACUUUUUUUAUUUUUUUUAUUUUUUUUUUUUUACAGAGGCAUGCUGAAACCCCAAAGCAACCCUGCUUAGCCCCAAAUCUACUAUGCUACGCUGCAGGGCUACUGGCUUCUAACCCGCUAGGGCCUCAAUGGUCUCAGCUUCCCCAAAAUUAAAAAAAGAAAAAAACUAAACCAGAUUUAGGCUGGGCCCAGUCACCUAGGCUCAGAGACAUUGCCAGGGCUCCGAAUGAAGCGUAGGUCGGAAUCUGAGACUUGGCAUGGCAUGCUGAAACCCCAGAGAGGUUGCCAAGCCCUGAGACUUUGCCCCUUGAACCCCUAGCACUGGUUCGGUGAGCUCUGAAGCCCAACUGAGCUUAGCAUGUGUUGUGGGGCAAAACAAAUCUCCCAAAUCCAUAAGGUUGCAGCUGGGCAGCUCAGACACACAUCACGGCGUUAACUUGCAACCUCCUGGUUCCUAGCUCAUCACAGAAGCCCCUUGGCCACAGGAUCCAGCAGGAGGACCCAUCUCUGAAGAUCUCAAGAACUUCAGUGGCCUAAUGCCCUUCACAUCCCAUGCUACGCUACACA